AUAGAAGACCAACACCUUAGCCUUCUUAAUACGCCAGGAACAGCCACCUUCUUUAGACCCCAUCUAUCUAGAGAAACAACGCUAGAUCUAUCUAUCGCUACACUAGAUCUAGAAGACAAAGUUAAAGACUGGCAAACUACGAUAGAAAUCGGAUCUAAUUACUACGGAAUACUCUUCUCAAUCCAAACAAUAAAGAACCUAGUUAGUAACCCUACUAGCUAA